ACCAUUAGGCGACGCACGAAACCGAUUGUGUGAUCGUUGCUAACACAGUAUUGCUGCUACACUUAUUUUCUUCCUUGCAUCUUUUCUUGUGGAGUAACACCUGGAGUAAAUGGAGCAACUAUCCGAAGAGCAAGUACAAGAAUAUAAAGACGCCUUUUGUUUGUUUGAUCGCGACAGCAAUGGUUACAUCACCACAAGAGAACUUGGUUCAGUUAUGAGAUCCUUGGGCUUUAAUCCAACUGACAACGAGCUACAAAUCAUGAUCAACUCGGUUGAUUACGAUGGAAACGGUGUGAUCGACUUUCCAGAGUUUGUAAAAUUGAUGGAAGAUCAAAAGAAACCCGAUGAGCGAGAGGCGGACAUGAUGAUAGCGUUUCGAGUUUUCGACGCCGACAAUAAGGGAUACAUUGAAUCAGCGGAGUUACGCUAUAUAUUAUUAAAUAUGGAUAAAAGAAUCCCAAGAGAGGAACUUCAUGAGAUGAUUGUCAGUGCCAAACUGGAUGAAGACAAAAGAGUAACAUACCAAGAAUUCCUUGCCCUUCUUGAACCACAUGGUGAGACAUAAAAUCAGCUCCUAGCGGUUAACGCCUGUGACGCAGAACAUGCAAACGACAACAUCAUAGUGUGUCUGCUGAAAGUAUGCCUUGAGCGACCACAGCAACUGGAACUAGGCUACCCAACGUCAUUCAGCA